UAUCAAGAGAAAUCUUCUGCAAUGGGUUUUAUUCCAAGCAACUACAAAAGGAGAGACCUGGGUCCCAGCGAAAGAGAAAUACUUAUUGGCAGAUUAAUUGACAGAUCUGUAAGAUCAUUGUUUUCAAAAGAUUAUCAUAAUGAAACUCAGGUCAUCUGCACCUUGCUUGCUGCAGAUGGAAUGAACAUUCCUGAUAUUCUUGGGAUCAAUGCUGUUUCAGCAUCACUAUGUGUUUCUGAUGUGCCAUGGAAUGGACCUGUUGGUGCCGUGCGUAUUGCAGACAUUGAUGAUGAAUUUGUCAUUAACCCAACCAAAGAAGAGCUGCAGCAAAGUUCCCUUGAUUUAGUUGUUACCAGUAGUGAACAUAGAGUUGUGAUGUUAGAAGGUAGUGGUGUUGAAGUGCAAGACGACAGACUAAUUGAAGCGAUAACUAAAGCUCAUUUAGAGUGUCAGUCAAUAAUAAAUGUUAUCAAAGAUCUUCAAAGUAAAGUUGGUAAAGAAAAGAUGCAUGUAGAAGCCCAACCCAACGACCCAGAGGCACUCACCCGGCGAGUCCAAGAGCUAUCUGAAGCGUCCAUACGCAACAUAUUUCUUGAUUCAAAGCUUACAAAGCUCCCUAGAGAUAAAGAGAUCAAGACAUUUCAAGAGACAGUUUGGAAUAGAUUAAAGGAGGAAUUUCCUGAGACAGAAGUUCAAGUUUUUACGAGAGUUUUCAACAAACUAGUAAAAGAUGUUUUUCGUGAUAAUAUCUUAAAAGACAUGGGAAGAUGUGACGGCAGAUCUUUCGACGAAUUGCGUUCAAUAUCAUGUGAUGUUGACCUAUUUAAACCACUUCAUGGCUCCGCCGUCUUUAAACGUGGAGAGACUCAGGUGUUUUGUACAGUAACAUUUGACGCCGCUGGUGCUAUGAUUCAAUCAAACAGACGUCGUUCAGCGUUUGGAGACGAAAUAACAAAGAACUUCUUCCUGCAUUAUGAGUUUCCACCGUUCUGUAACAACGAGAUUGGUAUAACCAAAACAAAUUCACGUCGAGAGAUUGGACAUGGUUCCCUUGCAGAGAAAUCUCUCGCUGCUAUUGUUCCACGCGGUUUUCCUUUCACCAUACGUCUGACGUCACAAGUCAUGAUGUCCAAUGGAUCAUCUUCCAUGGCGUCGGUAUGUGGAGGGAGUCUGGCACUAAUGGACGCAGGUGUGCCAAUAAGUAGACCCGUGGCUGGCGUAGCUUGUGGACUGGUGACUAAAUCCACCAAUGACGACAUUGAAGAUUAUAAGUUGUUAACGGAUAUUUCUGGAAUAGAAGAUUAUCUCGGGGACAUGGAUUUCAAAAUAGCGGGCACCAAGAAUGGGAUCACCGCUCUACAGGCGGACUUCAAGAUUCCUGGAUUGCCACUAAAUAUAAUAGAGGAAGUAAUUCACAAGACCACAGGCGACAGAUUGAAAAUAUUGGACAUUAUGAAUUCAGUGAUUGCAGAAGCGAGGACAGAACGUAAAGAAAAUGGUCCCGUUACUGAUGUUGUCGAUGUCUCUUUGAAAAAACGGUCUCAGUUUCUUGGUCCUGGAGGAAUUAACAUUAGACAAUUAGAAAAUUCUACAGGAGUUUCAUUGAGCUUCCUGGAAGAAGAAAAAUGGUCAAUAUUUGCACCUUCUCCAUCGGCAAUGAAGGAAGCAAGAACUUACAUCGACCAACUUUUACAAGACAAACCAGACCCCGAGUCUUUGUUAGAAUAUGGAGCGAUCUACGAUGGAAAAAUUCUUGAGCUGAAACCGUACGGUGUGAUGGUGGAAUUACUGCCUGGAGCACCUCCUGCAUUGUUACAUAAUGCUCAAUUAGAUCACAGAAAGAUAUUCAGUCAUGAGGUUCUUGGUCUAAAAGUUAAUCAGCCAAUCAGAGUGAAGUAUUUCGGACGUGACCCCGCCACAGGACGCAUGCGUAUAUCACGAAAGGCUCUACUACCAGCUCCACGGCGACAGGAAUACGAGAGAGAACUGGCAACAAGUUAUGACAAGUCAGUCAUAGAUUCUGUUCGCAAGACUUUGGAUUCGUAGCGGUAUUAAGAAUGACAUAGAAACAUAACACAAUCAGAUGGUAAACGGUCAAGAUUCUGACAGAAACAAAAGAAAGGUGUAAAGGUCUAACAUUAAGUAAGUUGAUCACGGGCAUAAUCGAGGAUUCGACACUUAAAAUUAAAAAAAUCUAAAAAUCGUCUUUAACGAUAACGCAGUAUUAAAAAAUACAUUCACGUCCAGAAUCUUCUUUGAAGCUACUGCAUUACUGCGCGUAAUUAAAUAUGCUGUUUACCAUUAGGUGUAUCAUAAA